GAUAGAGAGAAGUUAAAGAAGGCUGUGAAAAUUGUUUUGUUUAAUGGAUUUGUUGUUUCCUUUCCCAUGACAUUGUUUGGAUUUUAUUUGAUGAAAUGGCGUGGCUGUGCUAUUAGUGGUGAGAUGCCUUCAUUUGCCUGGAUUCUGUUAGAGCUAACUGUGUUUAGUUUGGUGGAAGAAAUUGGAUUUUACUACUCUCACAGACUGAUGCACCAUCCCAGACUUUAUAAGUACUUCCAUAAGCUACACCAUGAAUGGACAGCUCCAAUAUGGAUUAUAUGUAUCUAUGCUCCAAUAGGGAUUAUAUGUAUCUAUGCUCCAAUAGGGAUUAUAUGUAUCUAUGCUCCAAUAGGGAUUAUAUGUAUCUAUGCUCAUCCCUUAGAGCACUGUAUCAGUAACUUAAUGCCUAUCAUGAUGGGACCAAUAAUAAUGGGGUCACACUUAGCUACAGGUUGGAUGUGGUUCUUCGUUGCUCUGGUGUCUACGACUAUAUCCCACAGUGGAUAUCAUUUCCCGUUCCUCCCAUCACCUGAGGCACAUGAUUUCCAUCAUCAGAAGUUUACCAACUGUUUUGGAGUUCUUGGUGUACUGGAUCGCCUCCAUGGAACAGACAACAACUUCAGGUCCAGUAAAGCCUACGAGAGACACAUCAUGUUACUAAGUCUGACACCCCUGUCUCAACAAUAUCCAGAUACACCACCAAAACAAUGUUUGGAGAAAACAUCUGAUUACAAACGUGAUUAAAAGGUUUUAAUACCACACAUAAUUGUGGGAAACAACCUAUUUUACAAUGUUUAAUAUUUGAUUAUUUUACGUCAACAAUUUUUUUGUUACCCUUGUGUUAUUGAAGGACAUAUUGACUGACUUUUAAACUGUAGCCAUUGAAAGGUACAUUAUAGGUUGUUAGACCAGAUUUGCUGUUGUGAUCUGAUGUGUGAAAGUUAUUUGAUCUGUUUUACAGCUUUGCUGUUUUUUUUUUUUAUGUCCAUAUGUUAUUAUU